AUGCAUUACUUACUUAAAUUAUUCCCUAUUGCUGUAGCAAGUUUCACCAAACUGGUUCACUGUAAUGAACCAACUGGAGAUAAUGUAUGCGUAGUACCUGUAGAAAAAGAAUUACUUCAAUUGGAGGAAUAUGUUCACAAGAUACCACACAGGACGAAAGUUUGGUGUGGUGAUACUAACAAAGGUUUCAAUUGUAAUGAUAUUAGGUAUGAUGAAAAAAUAUCUCAUCGACAUGUGCCAAGAAUUGUAGUAGAAUAUGUAAAACGAUGUUGUGAUGGCUAUAAAAAAACUACCAAUAACACGUGCAUUCCUAUAUGUGAUCCACCAUGCUAUAAAGGUAUCUGUACAGCACCAAAUAAUUGUACAUGUAAUUCUGGUUUUGGUGGUCCUACAUGCUCGAUAGCCUGCCCAUCAGGAUUCUGGGGUCCAUCCUGUUCUUUGAAAUGUGAAUGUAAUCGCGGAGCUUCUUGCGAUCCUAUUACCGGCAUCUGCCAUUGCCCUUCUGGUUUUCAUGGUGAACACUGCGAGGAACCAUGUAAUGAUAAACGUUGGGGUCCAAGUUGCGCAUUCCUGUGUUUAUGUCAAAAUAAUGGUAGUUGCAGCUCAGUUGAUGGCUCAUGCAAGUGUCCUUCUGGAUUUUCUGGUCCACUGUGUCUUGAGGAAUGUGAGGAAGGAAAGCAUGGACCUGACUGUAUACAUGACUGUAAAUGCCAAAAUGGCGCAUAUUGCAACAAAAAAGAUGGCAGUUGCAUGUGCACUGCAGGAUUUUCGGGUCGAUUUUGUGAAAACAAAUGUAAAAAAGGUUAUUAUGGUAUUGACUGUGCAUCAAACUGUUUCUGUUACAAUGGAAAUGAAUGUGAUCCUGUAACUGGGAAUUGUCAUUGUGUUGGUUUUACUGGAAAACACUGCGAAGAGCCAUUUUGUCCAUUUGAUCGUUUUGGACCAAACUGUGAAAAUGAAUGUGCAUGCAACCCAAACAAUACGAAACUAUGCCAUCCAAUUAUUGGUUCCUGCAAUUGUCGUGCUGGUUAUACGGGAGCAGGCUGUAAUUCUCCAUGUCCGACAUCGUAUUAUGGUGAAAAUUGCAAGAAAAAAUGCGAGUGUAACCUAAAUACCGGUUCCCAAUGUAAUCCGGUAACUGGAAAAUGCAUUUGCGCUGCUGGAUAUCAAGGAAUUCGUUGUGAUGAAAAAUGUCCUGAAGGUUUAUUUGGUAUGGACUGUAAAUCGAAAUGCAAUUGCAAAAAUGGUGCAUCAUGCGAUCAUCGUUUUGGUACCUGUAAGUGCACCGCUGGUUGGCGAGGACCACAGUGUAAUCUGCCUUGUUGGGGUGGUCAUGGUAAUACAGAAUGUCGGGUAUGCAGUUGCAAAAAUGGUGCCGGUUGCAAUCCGUUAACUGGUGCAUGCAUUUGUCCGGCUGGAUGGACCGGAAAAAGUUGUGAUGUGCCGUGCAGCAAAGAUUUUUAUGGUAUUAACUGCUCGCAAGAAUGCCGAUGUUGGAAUGGCGCCACAUGCGAUCCAAUAAAUGGCGAAUGCAGUUGCGCAGAUGGAUGGGCGGGACCGGAUUGCUCAGUGUUAUGUCCUUUGGAAGAAAAAGAGAAUUGCUUGGAUUCAUGUCCAUGUGUUCAUGGAAUUUGUAUGGGUGAUUCCGGGAAGUGUGAUUGUCGUCCAGGUUAUGCUGGCCGUUUAUGUGACAGAAAAUGUCCUUUUGGUUACUACGGAGAGAAAUGUGCGCAGAGGUGCGCCUGUAAACAUGGAUGUAAUCCAUUUACUGGCGAGUGUUUACAGUGUCCACCCGGACGAAGUGGUGUACUCUGUGAGCAAAGUUGUCCAUUUAAAACGUGGGGUGACAAGUGCAUGAAUCAUUGUAAUUGUGCGGAAAGUGCGGAGUGCGACAGCAUCGAUGGUAGCUGCCAGUGUUACCACGGUUUCACGGGUGCGAGAUGUGAUCUAGAAUGUCCGACCGGUAAGUGGGGCAUGAAUUGUUCUCAAACAUGCAACAAAUGCAAGAAUAAGGGUGAAUGUGAUCCGAUAGACGGUGAAUGUCAUUGUGCACCUGGCUUCAUGGGAGAAAAGUGUGAAUUAACCUGUGGGAUGGAUCAAUGGGGUGCAGAUUGCCUAAAUGAAUGCAGAUGUGCAAGUGAUCGCAAGUUAUGCAAUCCAGUCAAUGGUAUUUGUCAUUGUGCUGCCGGUCUUAUGGGCGAUCUGUGUAAUCAGUAUUGUCCUGAAGGUUCGUGGGGUCCAGAUUGCGUUUUCCGAUGUUCUUGUGAAAUGGAAAACUCGAGAUGCCAAGCAACAACGGGUGAUUGUGUCUGUCAUCCAGGAUUCACUGGGCCGAAAUGUGAUCAAAUCUGUCCUGAAGGUUUUUGGGGAGAACAGUGUGCGCAUGUUUGCGACUGUGGUGAAGAUAUUUGCAACCCGGUGAUCGGUUGUUGCAAGAAGAACGAUCUUUCCUGUGAUCCUACCAAGCUGAAGCAUCUACCGAAAGAGCGCACUACAGUGGUAAUUAUGAGCUCAAUUGUUAGUGGCCUAUAUGUGAUAAUGAUUAUUCUCCUAAUUCUUGUUUUUUACUAUCGACGAAAAUAUGUAAAGGAACGUGGUCCUACUAUUCCUAUUAUCACUUAUCAUCCGACGGUGACAAAUAGUGAACCAAUCUCAACGAAGAAUGGAUUCAACAAUCCGCUUUAUAGAAAGAGUGCAAGAAUAGCAACGAACGAUCAGCUUGCAGGAAAGAAUAACAAAUUUGAACAUCUGGCGAACAAGGAGCAAUCUGAUCGGCUUCAAAACGACUAUGCCAAGUUUGAUGAUUUCUAUGCAGAAAUUGAUCCAUCAUUUGAUAAUGGAAAGAAUCUCGAAAAUUCCAUAAAAGGUGUUUAUGAUUAUGGAAUUAUAAAGGAACAACUAAAUUAUAAAGUAACCACUACUAAAAGUUCACUGGAAUGA